AUUUCCUCCUUUUCUUAUUUCAGCACCAUUCUUUGAGAUCUACUCAGUCCAGAUAGACAAAACAUGGAAAAUUCCCAGAAAAACACAAUGAUGCCAUGAGGCCUUUUAGACCCAUUGUGUUUGAAAGAAGUGCUGCAAAAUGGUAUUCCCAGAAUGAGAACAAAUACACAAACAGCAUUCAGCCAGCGGUGGAAUGAGGAAGGAACCUGUGUGCCUGCUAAUAAGAAAUCUAUCACGCAUUUAUAUUUGUAUCAAGUAAGCUGUUCAGUAUUAAUAUAGAGGAAGAAGAUGAGUAAAUGACCUACUUGGAUGCUGUUGCACGUGAAAAGCCACAGUGUAUGGGAGUGACAGACAGAGGGGAAGUGGAAGUGGUUUAAGGUCAGAAUAGCAUUAAUCGUCAUAAGUCCCCUGUGAUUUAGCUUUUCUUUUGUUUCGUGGGAAAUACCUAUGAACAGGUCACCUGCUCAGGGCUGCCAUCUCAAAAUUUAAUUUGCCUUGUUUUGUGAUAUGCACUCCAUCCCCGAAAAGAGAAUGUAUGUGAUAGCAUCAUAUAAAUGUUAGGGGAGGAGCGCUGAAGGGUUUUUCUUUUUUGGUUAUCUUUCUUGUUUGGGACAAGUGUAUGGUUGGAAAGAAGCAAUGAAAUGGCACUUCCAUUCUGAGCAAUACUGCAAAUAUGAUACUAUACAAAGGUAUGUUUGAAACCACAAAGCAAACCAGUCUUGAGUAAUAGUCAUCUAUUGCCUUUUUUCAAAGCACACAGCACUGUUGAAUCAAAACCAGAUCCAUAUAAGAAUAAUUAAACUAGAGAUGCACUUAUAGGAAAUGGAUAACUAUAUUACACAUAGACACACACUAGUUAAUGGUUACAUGAGAGCAUAAUAAACCAUGGAGACUUCCAUAAAGUGUAAUACUCUGCAUAUAUGUGUCAUUUAUAUUUUUUUUGCUAACUCAAGCAGCCCCCCGGUUGAUUUUGUUUUCUGUUUUAUCCCAGUGACUCUAAUCUCUUUUCCACUUCUGCCAUCAUUAACACUUUUGCUUUCUUGUUCCUGAGAACUCCUAUGACUAUUUCCAGGGUACCUUUUGUGUUUUCAGUGAUCACAUCAUCACAAUCAGUCAAGUAUAAACACAUAACAAGUUCCCUUCCCCAGAGGUUUCUGUCUCUUUUGCUGUCCUCACUUCCCCCAUUGCACAAUCACAAGUGUGACUGAACUAAUCACAAUCACAUCACAAUAUGCAAUAUUGAUUGAGUCAGAUGGGAAAAAAAAUAUUGAUGAAGCUAAAGUUGGUUUGUGCCUUGGCUUUAUAAUUCAUCCAAACAGUCCUUUGGCGUUUCCAUUUGAUGAACCAGAUCAUGAUCUUACUGUAUGUCACCUUCUCUUGUACUCUCAGGUAUGUACUCUCACAUGCAUAGCAACUUCUUAAUUCUCACACAAGCAUGAGGCAUUUCCUCUUUGUGUUGGGGUUUUUCAACCUUCUGCUUCUGCUAUAGAUAAAUACAGCCACAGCAUGCUGAGAGCCAGCAGACAACACGAGCAUCAGCACAGCCCUCUCACCUCUGUAAGAUGUGUGUGUUGCUCUUCAUGGUCCUGUAUGCUGCACUGUGCUGUGCCAGCUCUGGCAGCCACCAAGAAAACAUAGAAACUCUAAUGGAUAAUGUUCUGGUCCUGAGGGUGCCUUAUGGUGUGAACAGCAAAGUGUAUGUCCCUCUGACCUGUGGAGAAGCCUAUCAAAACCAGCCUGUGUUUUGGAAGAAAAAUGGCAUGGAGCUUAAUCCAGCUCUGCAGGGGAACCAGAUCAGGGUUCUGGUGGAAGAGAUGGAUGGAGGAAACUACACUUGUCACCUUGGUCCAAAUGGAGAAAACCUCAACCACACUGUGAUCCUGGUCCAACUAGACCCAGACAACAGGACUGUCAUACUGGAAGAAAAAUCCCCUGAAGAAGGUCACAUCCACUGUUCAGCAUCCAACUAUAAAGGCUCCUUCCACUGCACCUGGACAAGAGCACGGCUCCGAUCCAAUGCUGUUGUGCUCCUGGUAAAGGCAGAACGUUAUUUAGAAAAAAUACCAUGUGAGCUGGAUGCUGAUGGAUCAGGGGUUCACUGUCAGGAUGUCAGCUGCCCGUAUAAGGAGGAGAAACACCGCAUCACCCUUACUAUUUACAUAAGCAGCUACUCUCGCCUGGAGGUCUACACAAAGGCUUUCUACCUGAGAGAGAUUGUGAGGCCAGCAAAAUUACCCAGCCUGCGCAUCAGUGAUGGAAAGGUAUUCAGCUGGACCUUCCCUGACUCCUGGGAGAAGCCGGAGACCUUCUUUGCCCUGCAUUUCCAGGUCAAGGUGGUCCACAGCGGACAUGUCUGUAACAGUGAAGAACAUAUAGAGCAUAACAUCACUGAGGAAACUAAGUAUGAGGUCAAUGUUAAAACCAAGAAGUAUGUUUUCUGUGUGCGAGCUCAGGACAAAUUCACCAGUGGGCCGUGGAGCCACUGGAGUCACUGCACAGUCAACAAAGAACAAGUGGACUGCUAGCCUUGUCCCUGGACUGCAGCCAUACAAGAAGGAAGAAAAUAAGGAUUGAAGGAAACUUUUUUUUUUAGUUUUCACAUUUUUUUUAACAAAUCAGAAGAGAAACACAAGAAGUGUUGGAGUGAAUGUAUACCUGUACAGUAUUUAUUGACUCUAGGUGUCUCUAUGGAACUGCGGUAUAUUGUAACAUGAUUCUUGUAUGUCCUUUGUCACUCUUA